AUGCCCAGCAUGGCGGGGCGAUUUAAGCACUGGAGCUCCCCCAGUUCCACUCCAGCUUGGACAAUUCACAGAGUCAAGUUGGUCAAUAUGUUUCGCAUAUCGAGACUCUCGCACACGGGCAGGCGCCUCUUUUCGACAUCCGCUCGUCGCCCGCUUAUGGACCUGACGGGCUUCACCGAGAAUCAAUUGACCGUCCGCGACGCCAUCUCGACCAUUUGCGCCAACUUCCCAAACACCUACUGGCAGGAAUGCGACCAGCAAGAGCGCGAUCCAAAAGAGUUUCACGCCGCGCUGGCAAAGGAUGGAUGGCUCGGAAUUGCACUGCCUGAAGAGCACGGAGGGGCUGGACUCGGUAUGUCGCCACCUACCUCCUUAUCUACCAUCUUUCGAUCCUCUCAAUCCAUGUACGAUCAGUCCUAA